CCUGCAGACCCGAGGUGCUCGGGUUGCAUCGCUGAGUUGCCCCGGUCUGCCGACGGCCGUCUGCAGAAAUGCCUGGAAGGAGGGCUCGUAGGAGCGCCCAGCCGAGCCCCACGCGGGUCCCGGCAGAUCCUGAAGUUGAGUGUGCCAUUCAGUUGAGGAGAAUUGGAGACAAACUGAAUUUCCGGCAGAAACUUGUGAAUCUGAUAGCCAAACUCCUCCGCUCAGGAACUUGA